AUGGACGUGCACGGCCUUCUGACGGCCGUUUGUUUGCUGUACACGCUCAAGGGUGUUAUUCUGCUGGAUCUCCAAGGGCCGGUUUUUCUCAGCGAACCUCAGCAUCGGGUAGAGUUUUCCAACAACACUGGCGGUCACAUCGAGUGCACGGGCCAUGGCAGUCCGCCUCCGGAUGUGGAAUGGUCGGUAGCGACAACUAACCACGAGCUGGUUUACGCGUCGCCAAACGGAAGUCUGGUUUUCUACCCCUUUUCUGCGGAUAAGUUUCGCCAUGAAAUACACUCAACGGUGUAUAGAUGUAAAUUAAAAAACUUAGUCGGCACUAUCCUGAGCCGUGAAGUGCACGUGAAAGGAGUUGUGAAUCAGAAGUACAACGUACAAGUGCAUGACGAAUAUGUCAUGUCGGGGAACACCGCAGUCCUGAAAUGUCAGGUGCCCAGCUACAUCCUGGACUACGUGGUGGUCACCGCCUGGGUGCAGGAUAGCGGCGUUCAUCUGUACCCGAACACCGACAUCGGUGGCAAGUACAUCGUGCUGUCGAACGGCGAUCUGUACAUCAACAACGCCGGAGCAAGCGAUGCGUACAAAACGUACUCGUGCAGAACUGUAAAUAGACUAACAGGUGAAAUACAAAUUUCAACAUAUCCAGGUAGAGUAAUAGUGACUGAACCGAAAGGACUAGUACAACCUAGAAUUAAUGUAGAGAAACACUCGCUCAAGCACGUAGUUGUGAAUGCACAAGUCACGCUGCCUUGCGUGGCCCAGGGCCACCCGGUGCCGACCUACCGCUGGUUCAAGGAGGUCAAGGACCAGAUCAUCCCGCUGCAGCUGAACGAACGGAUCGGCAUCGUGUCGGCCGGGCUGCUGAAGAUCGCCAAAGCCCGCCUGGAGGACAGCGGGAAGUAUCUCUGCUGGGUGAACAACACGGCCGGCGAGGAGACAAUCCAGGUAACGUUAACCGUUACCGCACCCCUGACAGCACACCUGCAGCCACAAGUACAAACCGUAGAUGUUAGUAAGGACGCCCAGUUCCAGUGCAUUAUCUCGGGCUUUCCGGCGCACGAGGUCCUCUGGAUGCACAACGCAAAGCCCAUCGUGCGGGACAGCCGGAUAGAGAUCUACACCGACACGCCGCGCAUUGUGAUCAAGAACGUUCAGAAGGAAGACCAGGGCAUGUACCAGUGCUUUGUGUCCAACGAAUGGGAACAAAUCCAGUCUACGGCCGAGCUACAAUUGGGAGAUGCCACACCAGAGCUGUUGUAUUGGUUCUCAGAACAAACAUUGCAACCAGGUCCAACGGUGUCGUUGAAGUGUGUGGGAACUGGCAAUCCGCCACCACAAUUCACCUGGAAAUUAGACGGUUUCCCGAUUCCCGACAGCUCUCGGUUCGUCGUUGGCCAGUACGUAACCAUACACGACGACGUAAUCAGCCAUGUAAAUAUAUCCAACGUCAAGGAGGAGGAUGGCGGAGAGUACACCUGUGUGGCCCAGAACAGCAUCGGCAGGGUCUCGCACAGUGCCCGGGUGAACAUUUACGGUCUUCCAUACAUUCGAGAGAUGCCUAAAAUCACCGGCGUGUCGGGCAGUGACCUGGUGAUAAAAUGCCCGGUGGCCGGCUAUCCGAUCGAUAAGAUACACUGGGAACGGGACGGACAGACACUGCCCAUAAAUCGACGCCAACGGGCCUACAACAAUGGAACGCUAAUCAUCGAACAGCUGCAGCGGACCGAAGAUGCCGGCACGUACACGUGCAUGGCGCAGAACAAGCAGAAGCAAACGUCCCGACGGAACGUCGAGAUUCAGGUUAUAGUGCCUCCGAAAAUUAUGCCCAUUCAAGCGAUGACCAACUUGUUGCGGGAGGGCAUGCGUGCGGCUAUCUCCUGCCAAAUACUGGAAGGUGACCUGCCGGUGAAUUUCCGCUGGGAACGCAACGGUAAACCGAUUCUCGGAACCGGAAACGAAGUGAUACGAAGAUUAGAUGAAUAUUCGGCAAGUCUGGUAAUAGAACAUAUCACCUCAGAGUACUCGGGAAACUAUACCUGCAUCGCGAGUAACGUAGCCGGCAGUGAAAGUUUCACUGUCCCGCUAACCGUAAACGUACCACCGAAAUGGAUUCUCGAGCCGAAAGAUUCCAGCGCUCAAGCCGGCCAGGAUAUCGCUCUUCACUGCCAAGCCGGCGGCCAUCCGAAGCCAACGAUUGCGUGGAAAAAAGCAAUCGGUAACACACCCGGCGAGUAUAAGGAUUUUUUAUACGAACCGAACGUUUCACUGCACACCAACGGGACGCUGGAGUUUCGCAAAAUCACCAAAGAAUCGCAGGGCCAUUUUUUAUGCGAAGCCAAAAAUUCCAUCGGAACCGGCGUCAGUAAAGUGAUUUUUCUCAAAGUUAAUGUGCCUGCUCAUUUCAACACCAAAAGUAAACAAAUUACUUCACCUCGCAACAAGCAGAUUCAUAUCCAGUGCAACGUUCAGGGCGAUAAUCCGAUCGACAUCAAGUGGAAGAUGCAAAACUCCCAGCAGCAUAUUGACGAAUCGUUGGACAACCGAUACAAUAUCCGUGAGCAGGUGUUGGACGACGGGAUGGUUUCGGAGUUAGGGAUUUCCCAUACCUAUCGCCAGGAUACGGGUGUCUACAUUUGUCACGCAACGAACGCCUUCGGGCAUGACGAGAUGUCGAUCCAGCUGGUGAUUCAGGAAGUUCCGGAAUCACCGAAAAAUCUUCGAAUAAACUCACAACAGUCGCGGACUUUGCAGCUCUCGUGGAGUCAACCAUUCGCCGGCAAUAGUCCCAUCGAGAAGUACAACGUUGAGUACAAACUCGUAACCGAUUCGUGGCAAUCGGCUGAACACAUUACCGUAGCCGGGACGCAAACGGUAAUCACUUUGCAAAACCUAAAACCAGCAAAAGCAUAUCACAUUCGGAUAUCGGCCGAAAAUAAGCUCGGUGCGUCGGAGUAUUCGGAAGUUAUUCAAGUGACCACCUUAGAAGAAGUGCCUUCUGGUCCACCGUUGAACAUCAAGGGUGAACCGAAAAGUUCUACCGAAAUUUUUCUCUCUUGGGAAGCUCCCGACCGGGAGCAGUGGAAUGGAAAUCUGUUGGGCUAUUAUGUGGGCUACCAGGAAGCGACUGGCCCGAAUGAUAAGGAGAUCAAUCCUACACAAGGUUUCAACUUCAAAACCGUCGAAGUGCGAACGCAUUUUGGAGGGGAAACCACACUGGGCGGACUGAGCAAGUGCACCCAGUACAAUAUUGUAGUGCAAGCGUAUACCAGCCAAGGAAGUGGACCACCGAGCAAAGAAAUUUCACUCAGCACUCUGGAAGAUGUGCCUUCGACUCCGCCAGACAGUCCGAAAUGUGACGUACUCAGUUCGACCUCGAUCUACAUCACCUGGUCACCACCGGCGGUCGAGGGACAGAAUGGAAAGAUACGUGGAUACAAAGUUUCCUACAUUGAGAUUGAGGAUCUGUUCGAAAAAGAACCAUACACUGCCAAAACCAACAAUCAGUACAUGACCCUGGAGAAUCUGAAAAAGUUUACCAACUACACUUUCUGGGUGCUGGCAUUCACGAAGGUUGGCGAUGGUGUCCGAACCACUUCCUUCUUCUGUACCACUCACGAAGAUGUCCCAUCGGCACCACGUGCCAUCAAAGCGGUCCCAGCAUCGAGCACGAAAAUCCUCAUCUCGUGGUUGCCACCUGCCAACCGGAACGGCAUCAUCACCGGGUACACAUUCUACAUGUCCCUGGUGGAUGGAGGCCGGGACGAAGGAACACACAAGCGAACCCUCGUUCCCUACGCAGACAUACAUGAAACGGUCCGGUUGCAGGAGCACGGCACUUACCAGUUUUGGUUGACAGCCUCAACCAAAGUAGGCGAAGGGGAAAAGUCCGAAAUAAUUACCGUUCCUCCGAACAACAAAGUGCCCGCACGGAUUGUGUCGUUCAGUCAGGAAAUCGUGACCCCCUGGAAGGAAACGCUCGUACUACCCUGUCGAAAAGUGGGAGUUCCGGCGCCGGUAACAAUCUGGCGCCAAGACGAUCAACCGAUGGAAACCGGAACGCGAAAACUGAUCGCUAAAAAUGGGACACUUUACAUCAAAGACUGCCAGCAUUCGGACGCGGGCAAUUACACGUGCAGCGUGGAAAACAAUUGGGGUCGAGAUGAGGUCGUAUACCACAUUAAGAUCAAAGUUCCGCCCGAUCCGCCCAGCCUUUCGGUUAUCAACACCUACACCGACAGUCUGCUGUUGGAGUGGCUGGACAACAAGAACGGCGGUUCGCCGAUUCUCGGUUACGUCAUCAAUUACAAACGAGAGCACGGUGAUUGGGAAGAGAUUCAAAUCGAUUCCAAAACAAACACUCAUCUGUUGGUGAACCUGUGGUGUGGAACCAAGUACCAAUUGUACAUCACAGCCUACAACAAGAUAGGAACGGGUCUGCCCUGCGACAUAGUGCAUUCGCAAACCAAGGGACUGCCACCGGUUCAGCCGAAGCAUUCGCAGAUGAUAACCAACAACUCGACCAGUGUGACAUGCUGGCUGGAUUCCUGGGGUGACGGUGGGUGUGGAAUUCUACAUUUCACAAUCGAAAACCGAAUCUACGGCCGUUCGCUGUGGAAUAUGAUCUCGAACCACGUGGAGGCAACCGAACGAAUUUUCACGGUUGCCGAUUUGAGUCCCGCAACCAAAUACCAGCUGCGGGUGACGGCUUAUAACAAUGCCGGAGCAACGAUGGCGGUUUACAAUUACACCACCCUCACCGCUGCUGGAGUAAUGGUGCACCCAGACCUAACGAAUCCCGUUUCACCGCACCUCGGGGACAAUCCAUUCUACGCCAAUUUCAAAGUGCUGCUACCGCUCUGCCUUUCAAUCCUAAUUCUGUUCGCACUGAUAGCUGUGGCGCUGCUAAUUCGCAAAAGAAAACUGAGCAACCAGAACCGGAUACCGUCAACGUCGAUGUCGGAGUCACCGUCGAUUGCCAAUAUUCAGAACAAACACAACCGGGACCAGCAGUACCUGGCGGUGCGUGCCCAGCAGAACAGCCGCAACAGCAACUCGGUCGAUUCCGGCAGCUUUAAAGCCGAAGGAAAUGAAUAUAUCGAAGACAUUUGUCCGUAUGCAACAUUUCAGCUGAACAAGCAAACGUACAGCGAAAGUUCAUACAGCGGAAAUGUCUACAGUGGACCUUAUCACUCGGUAAGAGGAUCAUUUGUGUAUCAUGAUGUAAAAACCGAAAGCUGUCAUAACAAAGAACCAGAGUACACUAAAGUACGCAGAAAGGGCGGAUCUCGGCUGCGGGAUUCGGCCACCUCGGAGCCGAUAGAUAUAAAUCAAUUUAUAGAAUCUGACAAUCCCGGAUCCACAGAUUCCGAAGUUAGGAAGAUACUAACACUUCAUAUACCGAUUACAGAAUAUGAUACGCUUGGUUCCGAGUCCGACAACGACAUGGCCUCGCGUUCCAAUCAGUCCAACUAUCGACAUCACAGAGAAACCCAAGACGAAACGUCUUCGUCUUCGGAGAACUCGCCUUCUAGUUUAACUAGAAAGUCGAAACCACCGUACCCACCGCGGAAGUCGGCUAAAUCGUCGGCGAACCCGUCGAAGCGUCACGUCCGGAGUUCCAGCGGUUACUCGAGCCACAACGAAGAAACUACGUUUAGUAUAUCUAACUAUCCGAACUACUCCGAACAUAUAACACCGCCAGCCAGGUUCUCCGAUCUGCUCGGGCGGGACGCAACGCUGGCCGUCUCGUCCGUGAACCCUUCCGGGCUGGUGGGCAGCGCCAGCGAGCUCAGUAGUACGAAAAAAUCGAGUAAUCACUCGCCCCGACCGCGUGCCAAUCAGAAGCUUCAGCGGGAAGCUUUCCAGAUCAAUGUGUGAUGGGAUUGUUACAGCGACUUUCAGGACGUCUGAAGCUAAUUUUACACUCUCACACGCUGUGUAGUAGUCACGACACUUUUACCCAGAAGCACUCGCAACCAAACGACGAAUAAAUGGGACUUUAGUAUUAGACAAGUUCCCUUUUACCGGUACAACGCAAUGUGCUGAGAAAAAUGCAUAACGAAAAAAAAACUAGAAAUCAGGAUGGAAUACACGAGCUAGCAGAGCAGAAAACCACGUGAGCUGUUGGGUGGAUUGAAUGCUCCUUUGAGUUUUGUUGUGAUUGGACGAUUCGGUUUGGUAUAUUUUUGGUUCUCUCAAAAUAUCCGUUCAUAUUCGAAACCAAUCGCAACAAUCCAUCACGUAUGAACGCAAACCAGUCAAAGUAUGAGUGAAAUCGAUGGGGAAUAGUAAACAUUCUAGAAGAAGAAGAAGACGACGAAAAACUCACAGAUUGUUACUGAAAAAUAAUUUAGAAUUUAAUUGUAAUAGAUAGUUAUUUGAUACGAAAAUUUAUCAGAGUGGAACUACACAGCAUUUGCCAAAACAACAUAGAAAUGUCAUUAGUUUAAAUAUUUUAUAUUAAAAUACUAUUUUAGAGUAGGCGGUUAUUUUCUGCUCAAAGCGGAAAAGUCAAAUGUAUUAGGCCAACAAAUUGUUUCAAUCUAUACGUUAAGCGAAUCAUUCCUUAAAGCUGUGGUUUCAACUGCAUUUAACGUCGCAUCAGUUUCUAAUCUUGUUUCCUUCAAACAAAAGCAGAGGAAACGCGCUCAUUUCUAUUGUUUUGACAGUAGUGACAAGUACAAUAAUUAUAGUUUCACGAAUCGAAGGUUUAGAAAAACGUUGAUUUAUUCGGUAAAGCAAACGCACACGAAACAUGACUGACAAGCGAAGUGUAGUUGUCAAACCGAUCGUACUGUGUAGCGAGUCUCUCGCGGAUUUAUCCUGCAAUUGAGCAAUUCCUGUUCCGUUUUGUCCU